AUGUCCACGAAACCACCCCGAGGAACCAAUAAGAAGCGAGACGAGAAUGGCUUCAGAGUUAGACAACAAGUGCUUGAUAAAAAGACUAUGACGGUGUUUGAACAGUUAGGCGGAACUGCAGGAGCUGAACGGAAUCUGGCAAUAGAGGAAACCCGAACUAUCCAGGAAGAUGAGGCGGAGGGAGCUCAAUACACCGUUGAAGGUUCACUACAAAAGGUAUCACCAUAUUUUUUUACCUAUUUGACGUAUUGUAAGAUGAGAUGGAGAGAUCGCAACAUUCUCGAUGUAUUCACUACUGAGUUCCGGGACCGAGAACCGAGGUACUAUGAGAAACAGAUCAUUGAAGGGUACGUGACCUUGAACAAGAAGGUGGCUACCUUGGACUCCAUAGUCAGAAAUGGGGAUUUGAUCUGCUGCAGAAGUCAUAGACAUGAACCAGCAGUUACUUCACAGCCAAUAAAGAUUGUACAUGAAGACGACGAUCUCAUAGUUAUAGAUAAGCCUUCAAGUAUACCCGUGCAUCCCACUGGUAGGUUCAGAUACAACACCAUCACUAAGAUCCUUCAACAUAAGUUUGGUAAGGUGGCUCAUCCAUGUAACAGACUUGAUCGUUUAACCAGUGGGUUGAUGUUCUUAGGUAAGAAUUCAAAGGGUACCGAUAGAUUUGUGCAACAGAUCAAAGAUAGAUCGGUGCGCAAAGAGUAUAUCGCUCGGGUGAAAGGAUGUUUCCCUCUAGAGGAAAUCAAGGUGGAUCAACCCUUACUGACGGUUUCACCUAAGCAUGGUUUCAAUAGAGUAGACUUAGAGAAUGGUAAGGAAGCAUUAACUGUGUUUCAAAGAGUUUCCUACGAUCCAGAAUCUGAUACCACGGUGGUAAAGUGUAUGCCAUUAACUGGUAGAACCCAUCAAAUCAGAGUACAUCUUCAAUAUAUCGGGUAUCCUAUCGCCAAUGAUCCCAUCUAUGCAAACACCUAUGUAUACGAAGAAGACUUUGGCAAAGGAAACACCGGUUCAACAGAAAAAAUAUUGGAAAAAUUAGAUAGAGUGGGCAAAACUGUCCCUAGUACAACUUGGAUUCAUCCUCAAGCCGAUGGUCAAAUCAAUUCCGAUGAGAAAUGCUCAAUAUGUGAAAUGGAAUUGAUGUCUGAUCCAGGGCCAAAUGACCUACAACUCUGGCUCCAUGCCUAUAAAUAUGAAGCUCACGAUAAGUCGUGGUCUUUCAAUACUGAAUAUCCUGAAUGGGCUUUGACACCACAACGAAAGUUUAUGAAGUUGGCUAUUCAAGAAGCAGAGAAGUGUGGUGAAACCCAAACCCAAUAUAACGUGGGUGCAGUACUUGUUAGUAAUGGUGAAGUAAUCUCAACAGGACACUCAAGAGAGCUCCCAGGUAAUACUCAUGCUGAACAGUGUGCAUUCGAGAAAUAUUUUGAAAAGGUAGGUAAACGAGAAGUUCCUCACGGAACAGAGCUAUAUACUACCAUGGAGCCAUGUUCUCUAAGAUUAAGUGGUAACCUUCCCUGUGUUGAUAGGAUCUUGGACACGUGUAUCAAGACAGUGUUUGUUGGAGUCAAAGAGCCAACGACUUUUGUAGAGAAUAAUACUGGCUAUGGUAAGUUAUCUUCCAAAGGUGUGGAGUACAUACAUAUACCUGGCUAUGAAGAAGAUAUCUUAAGAAUAUCCACUAAAGGUCAUGAUAAAAUAAUCGAACACUAA